UGGUGUGUGUAGUGUAUGUUGAUGUGUGACCCACCUGUAUGUUGAUGUGUGACCCACUUGUAUGUGGACAGCUGAAUAUGUCACGUGUUGGACGUAAACUUUUCGUAUGUGUGACACAUACUAUGAGCAGGCUGACAAAACUGAAGCGAUGUACGUAUCUAAUCAUUCUUCUGACGGCUUGGAUACUCAUUGUUCUUUACAUUCAAAACAAUACCGUUUUUACAUGGCGCAUAGAGAGGCCACCCGACAUCAAAGAGCGUGACCUAGAUACCGACGCCAGCUCCACCCAGCCAAGACUCGACUUGAGACAGGAACCAAACUCUGAGACGGUGCCCGACGCUGAGGAGGGCCAACAUCCCUACGACCAGAACUUGAAUAAAAAACCAGAUUCCCCUCACAAAGCUUCAGGUCUUGACCAAAACAGCUUAGAGUACAUCUUUCAAGACUCGCUCACCCACAAAGAGUUCCACGAUGUUGAGCACUUCUCCCUCGCGUACAUACAACCCAACCAAAGCAGCACGACGGCAACUGCCAGCAAACACUUGGAGAACAUCAACCAGCUGGUGGAACAACUGGAUAGGGCCAAGUUUUGGAUGAAUAAGAACAAAACCUUGUCGGAGCCUCAGCACAAGGCGGCAGACCAAACAGGCCCCUUGACGGAGCCUCAGCACAAGGCCGCAGACCAAACAGUGCCCAAACACAAACCGUUUCCCGCCGCCAGAGCCAAGCGACCUGCUGCAACCGCCACCAAAAAGACUUCUCAUUUUAACGUGUUUAUGGAUAAAUGGCAGAAAUGGAUGGACGAGAAAGAAUAUUUUAAAGCCACCAAUCAGCGAACAGCCUCAACAACCAAUCAAAAGCUGGUUAUCAUGACCUACAUGCGCAGUGGUUCGAGUUUUACCGGAGACCUGUUUCAGCAGAACCCAGAAGUGUUCUACGUGUACGAGCCCCUGUGGUUCACAGAGAGGAUCCAAAGUUCCAACGUUACUGACAAGAAAUUCUACUUCCUCAACAGCAUCAAUAAUGCGCUAAACACAGGAGAGUUCUACAGCCAGAGAAGGCUGCAAGUAAUGCAGGACGUCUUAAACUGUAGAUUGGAAAACUUAGAUAUUGGCACUCUGAAGCAAUACCAUAUGUUUAGUAGUGUAUCAACAUUUGGAUAUGCCCUGUGUGCCUACAAUGCUUCAAAACCGACCAAGAGUAUGAUCUAUGAUCUAACCAAACAAGAGUUCGAGAAACUUCGAGAGUGUCUCGGCGGGAUACGCACCGAGUGUCACCAGACAAACUACCUGGUGGUCAAGGUCAUCCGCCUGACCAUGCUGGAACUGGGUCAACUGAUGGACCUUGACCCCGACUUCAAGGUGCUGUACCUGGUUCGAGACCCCCGUGGGACUGUCAAGUCACAAUACCAGGUCGGCAUGUUCAACUGGACCACGCUAAUGAACUAUUCCAAGGGGUUCUGCCAAAAGGUAGCAGACGAUAUCCGGGUUUAUCACGAGCUCUAUACAAAAUACCCCGGUCGGAUGUUAAACGUUCGCUACGAGGAUAUUGUAGAGCAGCCCCUUCAAAAAACAAAAGAACUCUACAGUUUUUUACAAUUAAAAUUCACUCCUUAUAUUCAAGAAUAUAUUUGGAAUAUCACAUACGCCGGGAAUCAGGAUGAUUGUAAUAUUUGUACGACGCGUAAAAAUGCGAAAGAGACCGCUUACGCUUGGAGAAAAAGAUUGAGCUAUGCUGCAGUAAAUGCGAUUCAAUCUCAGUGCUCUGACGUCAUGCAGCAUUUCGGUUAUCGGCCCCUAAAACCCCAAGAGUUAUUGGACUUUGAUAUUUCUUCAUCAUUUGUGGACUUAGGCGGGCAGAGAAUAUUUAAAUGAAACAUGAAAGGAUUUUUAUUUUAAACUGGAUAUAGCCUGUAAUGAUUAGGGGCCCAUUACUUCUCUGUGAUAAGCAACCUGUAUUUUCUUAAAAAGAUCCCUCUUUAAGAAAGAAUGGCUGAGCAUUUAUAUUACAUUUUAAAUGUCGAAUGUUAUAAAACCAUGUUCAUUCUAUCGUUAUUUAAAGGGUGGAGGUGUUGAGUGUUAUGUACCAAUUUUAAAGGGCAGGGUUAGUCUAGAAUUGAGUGAC